AUGGAGCCAUCUUCGUCCGCGGAGAUAGCGCGGAAGACGUGGGAACUGGAGAACAACAUUGUCUCCGUGGAGGGAACGGACCCCGACGGGAUCUACUUCUACAACGAGGCGGCACAGAGCAAGGUGCAGCAGGAGAAGCCCUGGAUGAACGACCCGCACUACUUCCGGCGAGUGAAGGUCUCCGCGCUCGCUCUACUGAAGAUGGUGGUCCAUGCUCGCUCCGGAGGGACGAUCGAGAUUAUGGGGGUGAUGCAGGGGAAGAUCGACGGCGACACCUUCAUCGUCAUGGACGCCAUCGCGCUCCCCGUUGAGGGCACCGAGACGCGUGUCAAUGCGCAGGCCGACGCCUAUGAGUACAUGGUGGAAUAUUCUCAGGCAAACAAGCUGGUAGGAAUAUGAUUAUUUCAGAGUUAGACGGGGAGGGAUAGGUAUCCGACGAGCUUUCUUUGUUGUUUUGAUGCUUUUUCUGCGAUUCUCAAGUCACCUCCCAGUCGUGGCUGUUUUUGGGUCCGCUGUCGAGUUUUUUUGGAGACCGAGAAACUUCGAAAAUCGGAAGAGCAUAUGUAGACAUAUACAUCGAGUUAUGUUGUUAGAGGGAAGACAUAGUAGUCUAGGGGAAUGUUGCCAAAUUUAGGAAACAAUCGUGUGCAUAUAGUCCGGGAUGGGGAUUACAACCUCGUGCGGGGCUUCUACAGACUUUACUUUUUGUCCGGGAUGGGAAUUCUUGACGAUAACAAAUGAAACGCGUUGGGGUUCAUAAACUCCUCCCGUUCGUGUCAUUCCUGUCCUGCCAAUUUUUCCGGUUUCUUGUGCUUUGUCUUAAUGGAUUUUAUCGUCUCAGUGAUUUGGGCUCAUUGUGGACGAAGUAUAGUUCUUGAGCUGGUUUGUUAUUGGAAUAUAGGCUGGAAGAUUGGAGAACCUGGUUGGUUGGUACCAUUCACACCCAGGUUAUGGUUGUUGGCUUUCUGGCAUUGACGUGUCAACACAGAUGCUUAACCAGCAGUACCAGGAUCCCUUUUUCGCUCUAGUGAUUGAUCCAACAAGGACGGUUUCUGCUGGAAAGGUUGACAUCGGGGCAUUCAGGGCAUAUCCCGAGGGAUAUAAACCGCCUGAUGAUCCCGUAUCAGAAUACCAGACGAUCCCUCUCAACAAAAUCGAAGACUUUGGUGUUCAUUGCAAACAGGUAGCUGGGUUUUGUUUUAUUUAAUUUUUUUUCCCUAUUACUUAAUCCAUGUUGUUUGGUUCAGUAUUAUGCCCUGGACAUCACAUAUUUCAAGUCUUCUCUGGAUUCCCACCUCCUGGAUCUGCUGUGGAACAAGUAUUGGGUGAACACCCUUUCUUCCUCGCCUCUCCUUGGGAAUAGAGACUACGUUGCAGGACAGAUUUCUGAUCUAGGUGAGCUGUUUGUAUGUUCGCGGAAGGAUUCGGUGUUAUUUUUUUUUCAUGAACUUUUUUAUGUUUUGUCGGAUGUGAUUUCGAAGGAAACAUCACGUUUUCCCCCCAUAAACUAAACUAUUACGUUUGAGUUCAUACAAUUUGUUUUUUGACAUAUAUAUUAUUGCACUUUUCUGCAGCGGAGAAACUGGAGCAAGCAGAGAACCAGCUGUCUCACAUGCGUCUGGGAUCUUUUAUACUUGCAUCGCAAAAAAAAAAAGAGGUAAGUCUAAAGUUUUUCCAAAUUUAGUCGUUAAUUUCUCUUUUAAGGCAUAUGAUUAGGUCAGAGUUAUAAUUAUUAUUAUUUUAUCGUGCUCCUUUAUUUCUGGCCAAUAUUCUGUUUCAGUGUUGUAAUUUUGAGACAUGUAAAUACUGUCUUUGGGUAUUUUUCCUCAUAGAGCCGACUGGACAGUGUUUCCUUUAUUGGGGGGAAAGAAGUGUGAAUAGUGAUGCAUUGUUACACGGUUAUGGAAUUUAUGAGCAUCACAAACAUGCUAUUCAGAUAUUUACAGUUUCAAUUAAUUUGUUAGGAGCCUUUGAGACUUGUUUUCUAUUUUAAUGUUUGAUUUACUCUUCGAUCUUUGAAAAUCACCUCAGAAUAUAUUACUGUUGCUUCUAUUUAAACAUUUUAAAAGACCUCAUAAAGCCUCAGCAAGGAAAAGUUGAACUCCUUGUUAUGCCUUCUUUUUUGUUUCUUCUUUUGGGGGGUCCGUGUGCAUAUAUCUCUGAUGGUUUUUAUUAUGAUAUCUAUGUCAUAUAAGAAUAACGAGGAAUGCAAAAAUGUGUUUUCUCAAAUGUUAAAGGAGCAGGAAAGUGGGUAUCCUCUGUUUUUACUCUAUUAAUUGCUGAUAUCCUUCAGUAUUUUUAUCAAAUAGAAUUUCCCUUCAUUUCUAACUAUGUUUUAUCUGAAACAAGAUUUCACCUUUCUCGCCUCAACUUUCCUUCCUCCUGGCCAUUAUACUAUUUCCCUUUUCUGAGGUGCUCAUAUUUUAGAAUCUAUGGCCGGAAGCAAAUAACAGCAACAUGAGACGGUCUAGAUCGUACGAUCACAUGUUUGGGCGCCCAAUGAGCAGGGCCUCACAAAUGUGUUAGGGAAGUAAAGAAGUGAAAUUUCCGCAUAAUGGACAUUUUCUGCUGCUUUGCGCUGACCAGUCUAACUGAGUUCCUAAUUCUUAAUUUUUAUAUGAUUUGUCUUGAGGUACACUUCGAUAUCCUAUCGUAAUGCACCUCUCUUUAAUACAUGUAACUGGUCGCACAGCCGCCUUUUUUUCUCCGUAGAAAAGCAUAAUCCCGUCUAUAGACUUAUUUUCUUUUUCUUUUUCCGUAUACGGUUGCAAGCGUUUGUCCGAGAAUCCUCAUUUUAUUGAUGGUAUGUUGGACAAGGGCUCUAUUGUCGUUGUUAUGUUGCACUACACAUUCUUGGACUACCACGGUUAUUGCCACUCCAAUGAAGGGAUUCAAUAUCAAGGAUGUUGUUCAGUGCGACAUCUCUGGUUGGCGCCCGUGUGAAAUUUAGAUUUUUCCACACUCUUGUAGAAAAGUAAAUGUCAUUUUCCACUGGCAACAUUUUUCAAUCUAGCUAUUUGCAAUUUCAUUCUAAUCUCGGUAAGCUGAAGAAGAUAAGAUAUAAGAAAACUGGGGUGAUUGUCUUGAUUUUUUUUUUUUCUUGUUGUUAUUGCUCUCAGAUUGUAGGCUCGUAUGGGAAAUUAUAUCUUAAUCUUGAGAUUCCUAAUGAUGCUUGUCCAGCCAUAACCAAUGCCGAUCCACCCUGAUUUAGGCCGCAGUUUCAGUGAGCUGUUAGGAUUAACCCUUGGGGCAAUGAUACUAUGCAACCCAUUUAUGAACCUCGUCUCCCUCCAGUGCUUUCCAGAACAAAUCUUUCAAAUCUGGCAUUCUCAGUGUGCGGUGCUCCUGAGAUUAUUUUUUUUCGCUUUUUUUAUUCAAAUUAGUAUCCCCAUUGGGAGUUGGACCAUACUGGCUGGUAGAACCUCUUGGACAGCGAAAGAGUUGUCAAACAGUAUUGUCGUCUUUCUACUGGAAAAAACUUAGCCGGUAACAAAUUUAAUCCAACCAUUAAUUUGGUGAGAUCAUCUUUCUAAAACUUUUUCACAGUUUUUAUCCAACCUGUCUUCUCCAAGACCUCAUGCAACCGUUCCUCUGUGGCGCAGGAAGAAUCUCAGCUAGCAAAGAUAGCCAGGGACAGUUCAAAGAUCACCGUGGAGCAGGUUCAUGGACUUAUGUCGCAGGUGAGUUAUCCUUCGGAGAAGAUGCCGACAUAUCAAACAUUAUUAUUGCUCCCGUCAUCUAUCAUUUCCAACUCUUCCCUGAUUUUUUUUCUACUUAUAAGGUCAUUAAGGACACCCUUUUCAAUUCCACACGCCCUGCCAACUGGAGACGGACGAACACGACAAGCUCGCCAGCUCCGGAGCCCAUGAUCGAACCUUGA